GCAAGCGAGUCCUCAAAGCGUCGCGAGUAUAUCGUGUGAGCUUUUUUUGUCAUCGUGACCAGUAAAAAGAGAAAAAGAUACAGAUAAUAAAUAACGAUGUCGCGCGCGCGACGUCUGCGAAACUUCGGAAAUGUGAUGUUGAACGAUUUAUCGAGAGAAUCGAGGGCUAUCCAUCAAGUUUAGCGUUUCUAUGCCUCUCUGUGACCGAAUCGAGGAGAGGCUCAAUUGACUCGAGAUAAAAUUAGCCAAUAAUCCUCUACGUCAAAAUUACAAUAAAUGUAAUCAAAGCGUGAGCGGCUGCAGCGGCGAUUCCAACAUCGUCAGCGUAUAUGCAAAUUUCCAAUAACAAUUACCAUGGAAAAUUAUCCGUAAACGAGUAUAUAAAGAGGAAGCUCAUUUUUGCCAAUGAAAAAGGACUUGGGGCGUAUAAAUAGGAAAUGAGGCAGAAAGCUCGACAGUGCAGCAGUGCUCAACGUCCUGGAACAGCCCAGUGCGCGCGAACGUCUCUGUGCGUGUAUUUGUGUGUUCGUACGUGUGUCACAGUGUCCGUGGUUGUGAGAGUGUAAAAUGUAAUCAAUGAGCGCACACACGUGCCCGAGAGGAACAAUGUGAUAAUUAUGUUAAAACUCUAAUAGAAUGACUAUGUGGAUAUAUAGGAUAGGAAAUACGUGUAGGGAAGAGUAAAGCAAACGACCGAAGCUUAUUACAAAAUUAGCAGUCCAGAAGAAGCGACUUUAUACGCCGGCAUAAUUAACUUAUGAAAAAAGCUACCGAGUCGAGGCUGAAAAAAUCGUUGGAAAAUGAAGCCGUGACUAUUAAACUCGAAUUUCCCAAACGGACUUAUAUUUAUCGGGCUCGCUCAAUUGAAGGCGUGAAGAUGAACGCCAGCGAGCCCGCCGAGACAUGUGUCAACUCCACGACCAACGAAUCGUCACAGGUCGAUGCGGCGACCGACGACGACAAUUAUUGUCCAGUUUUCUGGGAUACGCUGAUGUGUUGGCCCAGAAGCGAAGCCGGGACGCUCGUCCAGCAGUCGUGUUUCGCUGAAUUCAAUGGCAUCAAGUACGAUUCCAGCCAGAACGCCAGCCGAUUGUGUCAGGACGACGGUAGCUGGUCCAACUCGUCGGAUUACUCGCAAUGCCGGGAGCUGAAGCUCGUCUCGCCCGAGUCGGAGAACAGCGUCGAGAUGACGACGCACCUCUACCUUUUCGGCUACUGUCUGUCGCUGCUCACGUUGCUGAUCGCCGUUUCGUUUUACCAUCGGUUCCGCGAGCUGCGCUGCCUGCGCAACAUCAUCCACAUGAACCUCAUGUACACGUACAUACUGGCCGAUCUGCUGUGGUGCCUCAACACCGUCUCGCAGCUCUUCAUGGGCCCGAACGUGCCGCUCUGCGUGGCUUUCUUCUCCCUUUACCACUACUUCCAGCUGACCAACUUCUUCUGGAUGUUCGUCGAGGGACUGUACUUGUGGCUGUUGGUGGUCAGGCCUCUCUCGGGCACCGAUUGUCUCACUCUCAGACUCUGCGUCUGCAUUGGUUGGAUAUUUCCGCUGAGCGUGAUGCUGUGCUGGGCCACCGCCAAGUACAUCGACGGCGAUCAGGUCGCCGAAGGCAUUCAAGCCGCUGCCCUGACGAGCCACUGCUCCUGGAUGCUGCCCCAUCCGAUUUACGACUACAUCUACGAAGUGCCGGCCCUCGUCGCUCUGGCCUUCAACGUUCUCUUUCUCGUCAUGAUAAUGUGGGUACUGAUAACGAAAUUGCAGACCAUCAACAACGAGCAUCUGCAUCAAUCGAAAAAGGCCGCCAAGGCGCUUCUGGUGCUGCUGCCGCUUCUAGGCGUCACCUACGUCCUCGUGCUCUUCGGCCCUACGAAUUUUCCUGCCUUCGACUAUCUGAGGGCCGUGCUGCUCUCGACACAGGGCUUCUGGGUGGCGUUGUUUUACGGCUUCCUCAGCUGCGAGGUGCGAAACGCGAUGAAAACCCAUUACACGAGGUGGCUGCAGCGACAGGACCUCGACAGCCAGGCGAACGGCAGGCGCUACUACGCCUACUGGCCGCGCUCGCGCACCGAGAGCAUCAGACUAUACAGUCGACCAGGCGUCCACGAUGAUCGAGGCAACGCAGCCGAGCACUUGCAGCAAGAAACCUGCCCCGUCACCGCCGCGAUCGAUUGCACGAGCGAAUUAGCCGCUGAGGACGAACGGCUCAAGCAGUCCCCCGACUCGAACGAAGCCAUAAUCCUCAACGAUUUGGAGGCUCGCGCGGCUGCUUCCGGUGCGCUUUUGCAGAUGGUGGCCAACGGAAAGGACAAUAAUGGCACGGCGACGUCCUAUCAACAGUGGCCCUGUAGCUUAUAGUGAGUUCCGUCGAGUUCGACAAAACUACAGCCUGAUCGAGCUUUUUUCGGCCAUUUCCAUCGACCGAGAAAAAUCUUGAAGCGAUUCCUUGCUUUUACCUCUCUACUGAUUAAGUAUCUCAGUUGCGAGUACGAAUUGAACUGUGAAAAUAGGUCUCCGGGAGAGACGUAAUAAUUUAUCGAUUGUUACGAAUUGAUCUCCAGAGGUUGGGACAUUGGAUUAUCUUGCACAAUUUUUUGUUUAAAUGAAAGUAAUAAUGAGAAUUAUAUUGUGUAAAUAACGUGCGAUAAGGAUAAUUGUAUAAAUAUUUCAAGUGCUCAUUGUUAAUUUUUAAAUAAUUGUGGAUUUUAUCGAUGUAAAUGUAUAAAUGUCUAAUUAAUUAUUAUAUUAUAAUAAGCAAAACGAUGGUAUUAUGAGAUUAUAAUGAAUUUAAAUCUGUGGUGGAAAGGCAUAACGACUUAAGUCCAUUUUUUUGAAAAUCGAUUUUAUGAUGAAAAACGUCUAUAUUUAGUGUCUAUUUUAAUGUACAAGGGUCAUAAUAGACGAAUAUAGCGUCUAGCGUUAGUUUCAGCAUCGUGCAUAACGACUUAAGUCCAUUUCGCGAAGACUGGGAAAAGGCAAAACGACUUAAGUCCACCCUUGCGAGUUUCAAAAUGCUAUAGAGAGUCUAAUUUUAUUUGAAAAUGAAAGAAAAUGAUAUUAGAUGUCAAACAUAGCUCCACACUCUUCGAAUGUUGUGAAUUACACUAUAUGAUUGUUACAUUUGAUACGCGAGGGGCAAUUUUCUCGAUUUUCAGUUUGGCCUUUUUUCGUUGCAAGAUUUGAGAUCUGACGGGAGUAUAACGUUAAAUGAGCUAUCUUACCAAUGUAAAAUCAUUAAAUGAGGUUGUGCGAACAAACUGCGCGAAAUUAUCGAUAUUGAAAAAAGUGUGACCGCCAAAAGUGGACUUAAGUGCAAAGCGUGGAAAGGCAAAACGACUUAAGUCCAUACUUUUUGCUCCCUAUCAUCGCUAUGAUGCGCCUUUCAAUUUCAUAAGUACAUUGUUCAAAAGCUACCUCAUAGUAGCUUAAAACAUCAUAGGUUCAGACCUCAACUCGUCCGCGUCUAGUUAGGCUGGCACAAUCAACUUAAAACGCGUUUUUCUCGAAAAUACGAAAAAUGGACUUAAGUCGUUAUGCCUUU